AUGCCUGAAUCCGUUGCAGUUGCUGUAGUUAUCAGGUACUCAUCUAGUUUAAAAGGAAAAAUAUUAGAAUGGGACGUUAUUGAAAUUCUAAAAUAUUCUGGUGUAAAAUCGAAUAGAAUGAAAGCUCUUCGUGGCCAACUGGUUCGACAGUUGAACGUUCUUCUAUUCGUAUCCGAAAAGGGACCCAACGAUGGAGGGGUUGAUAUACGUUCAUCUAUCUGUACGCAAGUUAAUGAUAUCCCAUUGGUUUUUCAGUGCAAAAAUUGGGAUGAUCAAAUAGGACCCCACGUCGUCCGUGAGCUUAGAGGUGUCGUAUGUGAAGAACGGUCAGGAACGGUCGGUAUCCUGGUAGGUCCCUAUGUGGAAAUUUUUUCAGAUGCAGCAGUAGAAGCGGCCGAAAUUGAUGAACUUAGAAAGAAGUUCGCAGAGGCUGAAGCUGAAAAUAUAAAAUUAAAACAAUCUUUGGAAGAAUAUGCGCUUAAAGAUAGAGUCACGAAAUUGGAACAGAAUCAGACACAAAGUGAUAAUAAAAACCAGAUUGAUAAAUUAGACGACGAUAUCGGGAAAAUCAAACAGAUAAGUACACUCAUUCCACAAGAACAAUCUUCGGCUAAUAUCACUUCUUUCUGUGAAACUAACUCUGAAGAUAACCCUAAACAAAUAGACUCACGAUAUACUUCCGCAUCUGAUAUAACUGAUAAUACUUCAAAUUCUGAUGCUUUUUCAGAUAUAUCUGAAAAUGUAUCUGAUAACGUUUCAAACCUGAUAUCGGAAAACAUUAGUAAUAAAAUAAGAGAAAGGAAUCGAGAAAAGAACCUUCAGAGUCAAGGAUCAAUGCAAAAUACAUCUUCCUUUUCUGAAAUACAAAUAAGCAAAAUUACAGCACAAAAUAUCGCCGAUUUAUUUAUUACAGCAAUAAAAGUUAGACAAAAAGAGAUGCAAAGCGUCCUCAUUUCGUGA